GUGACUUACUCACAGAACGUGCUUAGGCAGCUAUGUCAGGCCGGGGCAAAGGCGGGAAGGGUCUAGGCAAAGGGGGCGCUAAGCGCCACCGCAAGGUGCUGCGCGACAACAUCCAGGGCAUCACCAAGCCCGCCAUCCGGCGGCUGGCCCGGCGCGGCGGCGUCAAGCGCAUCUCCGGCCUCAUCUACGAGGAGACCCGCGGGGUGCUCAAGGUGUUCCUGGAGAACGUGAUCCGGGACGCCGUCACCUACACGGAGCACGCCAAGCGCAAGACGGUCACUGCCAUGGACGUGGUGUACGCGCUCAAGCGCCAGGGCCGCACCCUCUACGGGUUCGGGGGUUAAGCCUUCGUCCCCACUUUUUCUCUAUAAAAGGUCCUUUUCAGGGCCGCCCACUUACUCUCAAAAGAGUUGUACGCGUCUCCUCCUUCCCACUCUCCAGUUGUGCUCAUGUUGGAAGGCCCAUCCGGCCUACCUGCUAAGGCUUCGGCUUUCGUUUUACGCAUAAACUGAGACUCCAUUCUCCCUCUCCACCAAUCAGCUCGCAGCACAGUGCGAGGCGCAGGCCGCGGGCCAAUCCGGAGCAGGGGCUGGCCGAGGGAAGCCAAUGGGGAGGCGUCUGAAGGCCCCGGCCCACGGCUUUCUGGGGAAGGAGUCGGCCUCCCCCUCGUCGUUUUCCCCCAAGAGGCCAUCCUGGCCGGCGGCCGUGCUUCAGUCGCUGUCGAAUGCGUUGGUCCGGGGAGGCUCCGGUGAAUAUCCGUACUAAUUCCCAGAGCGUGCUCCCGCCUCUGGAAGCCAGGGAUGGCCCGAGAAGUCUCUUCGUUAUCGUGUGAUUGCCCCCAGCGAUGCCCGGACCGAGGACGACACAGGCUUUCCCUGUCCGCGCUGGCAUCCGCCACCUCUAUCUCCGGGGUUGGAGCCGGUGAGGGUGAGGUCGGCCCACAGCCUUCCGCAGACGGUGUCUUUGAGCUUAAGAUGCCUUGGCAUUGCAGGUUUGCGUCCGCAGGCCGCGCGCCUUCGCUAAGCCUUUGGCUUGGGGAAAUUGCCAUUUACUAGAUUAAAGGGAGUCUGUUCUUCAGGUCUCUGGCUACUGGCAGCCUUGAGGUCUCCAACAGGGCGCAAAUUCGAGGGGCUGAGGGAGAAAGCCGCUUCCUCAGGUCACUGGCUCUGGUGACUGUCUUGGACCUUCCCCCUUCUUCCCUUUGUCCGGUUCGUUUCCCUCCUGCCUCCUGUAUAAAUUCUAAGGUUGUUGGGGCACCUGGGUGGCUCAGUUAAACGCUUCUGACUUUUGCUCAGGUCAUGAUUUCAGUUCGAGCCCCGCGUCGGGCUCUGUGCUGACAGCUCAGAGCCUGGAGCCUGCUUUGGAUUCUGUCUCCCUCUCUCUCUCUGCCCCACCCCUGCUUGCGCUCUGUCUCUGUCUCUCAAAAAUGAGUAAAUAUUUUUAAAAAUGUAAGGUUGUUUUAUUUUAAUGAACGUUUCAAACAUGGUUAUAAAAAGUUUUGAAGUAUGCCCUCCCAUUGGUAAGUCACAACGGAAUAGUCAGCAUUGAUUUAAUGCUUAAGAAAUAUAUUGACAUUUGCUUAAAACUCUGCUGGCUGGUUACUCUGCUAACAUGUCUCUGACACAAGAAGAUACUUGAAUAGGCAAUUGGAAGAUUCUUGAGUUCCAAGAGAGAGGUCUGGUUUAAAGAAAAAUUGGUAAGACAAUGUAAGUGUAAAUGGUAAGACAAUGAGAUCAAGACUUUCAACACCAUUUAUUACUGUACGUUGUAAUGGUAAAUGAGUGGAAAUAUAAAUUGUCAUCAGAAGGGAUUGGGGCACCUGGGUGGCUCAGUUAGUUGAGGGUCCAACUUUGGCUCAGGUCAUGAUCUUACGGUGUGUGAGUUGGAGUCCCGUGUCUGGCUCGGUUCUGACAGCUCAGAGCCUGGAGACUGCUUUGGAUACUUCUCCCUCUCUCUCUGACCCUACCCCGUUCAUGCUCUGUCUCUCUCUGUCUCAAAAAAAAUAAAUAAGUAAACAUUAAAAAUUAAAAAGAAGGGAUUGGAUAUCCUUGAAGUGGUGGUCUGAGUGCAGGCUGCUAUAGCAAAAAUACCAUAGACUCUGUGGCUAACAACGAAUAUUGAUUUCUCACAGUUCUGGAGGCUGGGAGUUAAGAUCAAGGUCCUGGAAGACUCAGACAAGAUUUGGCGUCUGGUGAGAUCCCAUUUCCUGAUUCAUAGACCUAUCUUACUGUGUCUGCAGAUGGCAGAGGGAAGGACCAGAGAGCUUUCUGGGAUCUCUUAUAUAAAAGGCACUAAUUCCAUUCAUGAGUGCUCCACUGCCAUGGCCUGAUCACCACCCAAGUGCCCAAUCUCUUAAUACCAUCAUAUUGGGGGUUAACAUUUCAACAUACGAAUUUGUAGGGGAUACACACAGUCCGUCAUAAAUGGGCUGCUAUAGAGACCUACUAAAGGAUAAAGCAACCUGGAGUGCAUUUGGGCUCAUUUCCUGGCCCCUUCUCUGUUCUUUGUCUCGCUAUUGAUUUGCUCUGUGUUCUGUGAAAUAGUUGCUGCUCAACAGAACUCGAUGGCCUAGCUCUGAGUGUCCGGCCAGCUU